UCGGAUUUUGUCUGUUACUGUUAGUACACUCCCUUAUCUCUUGUAAAUGUCGCCUCUUGCAGGCCAGGAUCUCGCAGAACCAAAUAUAUUUCAGAAGCUCUCUGCUCACUCUGUACAACAACAUUCAACAGAGAACAAGGCCUGAAAGGUGAUACAAAAAUGGAGGUGACCAACAAAUACAUAGUGACAAAGCAACACAUUGAAGAUGAGCCAAAAGAGUCCCAUUUUGAGAUCAAAACUGAGGCGUUAGCUCUCACUGUUGAACCAGGAUCCGAUGAUAUCAUCAUCAAGAAUCUGUAUAUCUCAAUUGAUCCUUACAUGAUCAAUCGCAUGAAGGGCUAUAGCAGUUCCCAGAGUGCUAUAAGCUUUGCAACGCCCAUAACUCCAGGCAAGGCUAUUGAUGCUGUUGUUAUUGGAAAAGUUGUGGCAUCUGGGAAUCCCAAGUUUGAGAAAAAUGAUUUUGUUAUGGGAGUCUUCCAUUGGGCAGAGUACAGUUUGGUUAAGGAAGGAAGCAUCAUAAACAAAUUAGAUUCAUCUGAAUUUCCACUCUCAUAUCAUCUAGGAGUUCUGGGGUUUAGUGGAUUAUCAGCCUAUGGGGGAUUUUUUGAAGUGUGUAAACCCCAAAGUGGUGAAAAGGUAUUUGUUUCAGCAGCCUCUGGAUCUAUUGGAAAUUUGGUGGGGCAAUAUGCAAAACUCCUAGGUUGCUAUGUUGUUGGAUGUGCUGGGAGCCAGAAAAAGGUGUCAUUGCUCAAAGAAAAGCUAGGAUUUGAUGAAGCAUUCAAUUACAAGGAAGAAACAGAUCUGAACUCCACUCUUAAAAGGUACUUUCCUGAUGGAAUUGACAUAUAUUUCGACAACGUUGGAGGUGAGAUGCUAGAAGCGGCGAUUGGUAACAUGAAAGCAUUUGGUAGAGUGUCUGUCUGUGGGGUAAUUGCUCAGUACACAGAUGUUGAAAAGAGAGCUUCACCAAACAUGCUUGACAUUGUUUACAAGAGAAUCACUAUCAAAGGAUUUUUAGCUAAUGACUUCAUGAAUGAUUUUGCGAAAUUUUUAGCAAAAACAUCAGAUUACCUUCGUUCUGGAAAGUUACAAGUGAUUGAAGACAUAUCAACAGGUGUGGAAAGCGUUCCUUCUGCUUUUAUUGGACUCUUUAAGGGAGAUAACGUUGGAAAGAAAAUUGUAAGUUUAGCAAAAGAGUGAUCGAGUAAUCAAGUAGUGAUGAACGAGAGAAUAAGUGAGAAAAGCUAAAAUGUUGCUUGUGUCACCUGUAUGAUUGUAGGUGAUGAAUUUUAUCUUUGAGAAUAAGAUUGUUGCUGUAAAAUUUUGCUUUAA